UGAAUUGUGUCGUGUAUAGAUUUGGCCACCGGGAGGUAAUUUCUCUUGUUACCGCUUGGAGUCCCUAUUUCGUUACCUUGGGGUUUACGAUUAAAAGCCGGUGGUGGGACAAGGAAAUGGCGAUCGGAGUGCAUUUUGUGUUAGCACGCCGAAAAGUAAUGUUGCGCAUUUAAAAAGUUGGAAUUAAUUGUGUUCAUUGAGGCAUCCGUUUGGAUAUUGGAAUUGGAUAUUUGGGGAGUUUGUCUCAAUGCCGCUUAGCGGGAUUUAAUUGAUAUCCACUUAAUUGGUGCUUUGGUCUGGCACUCGGCUUGGCCGGAUUUUAUGCAACAAGGCGUUUAUCGGCUUUUAUUUUGAUCAUCCGCUUCAGGUCGAAGCGGAUUUUGGGUGACGGAUCUACAUUACCACGUGAAUCUAGUAUUUGUUUUGUCACUUAUCGGCGUGGGAACAGUCGUGGGUCUCGUGUAAUCAGACUGGAGUUUUGGUAUUGGAUGUGAGCUGCGAAGGAUAUGUAAAACUGUUCGAGUUCGAGUUCCGGGGAGACCUGUUUCACUGUGAUUGUUUGUACCGCAUGGAGGGUUAUUUGUCGUAACGUCGGAGGAAUUUUAUGCAUGGCUGUAAUGGAGGGAAGCCGUUAACUGGGUGGAAUCGUCGUGUACCAAGUUCGAGCGCGACACCUGUCCGAGAACUUGAUCGUUCUGGUCGGAGACAGCUCCGAGACAUCGUUGCCGAUUUUGCUGUUCACCGGUACCGUCCCAUUGCGAUCCCUUCGAGUUUACCGAUAGGCGAGGACCCGCACAGCUAAGUGGAUUGUUGGUUGUUUCGUGUACAUGCUGGUGACACCUCUGGAAAACGUUACUUUUGAUGCGAGGUUUGGAAUUUCACGUAAAUUAUUACUAGCAGAGAAUCUGAUAGAUUCUAUUUAGCUGUUGGCUUAACCCGACUUGUUAGUAAUUAGUUGAAGUCCUUCGUAUCUCAAGUAAGAUACUGGGAGAUUGUUGGUUGUGUAAUGAAUAUUGGAACCUGGCAUAGCCGGUUAAAUGUAACGAUUUUGAAUUCACUUAAUUAACAUACCUAUUGAAUAGCGUCACUGGCAUAAUCAAGUACAUUUAUUUGUGUGUCACAUAUUUUUCUUGUUGGAAAUUAUUUGUUUCCUUUAUUAGGGUGGGGACCAGUGAUAGCUGCUGGUAAUUGUCAUAACAAUUAAGGGGUUUUAUAUAUGUUAUUUAUGCAUGAUAGAUUUUUAAUAUGGGUAACCUUCUGUGAUUUCGCACUGUGGUAAGUUUGAUAUAUAUAUUUAUUUAUUGAAUUUUGUGUGUUGGGUGGCAGCAAAUCAGGCGGCCCAAAUUGAUUCUUUGUGAUGCAUCACCAGGUAUCUUAAGUAUUUAUGUGUAACUGAUCGGUGUAAUAGUUCGUAUUGCGUACAUUUGCUUGGUACGUUUUGAGGUAGCAGAUAAAUCGGAAAUCCGAUAUUAUUCCCUGCUACUCGGGUGUUCGACGUCGAAGUCAUAGGGGGGGUUGAUUGUUGUCCUUUAAAUUUUGGAUUAUUUAUUUGCUUGUUGUCAUUUUAAAAGGGGGGGGGGAGAUUUUGGGUACUUGAUUCGGCGACCGUUUAAUUGGUUUGUGUGGCACGAGUUGCAGAUUCUAUUAUUUACUCUUGUUAUUACUUACAAUUUUUUUCGAGAUUUGUUAAAUAGUUAUUAAAGAGGGCUAGUCAAGUUGUAUGUAUUUGUGUUUUGAUUGCGAGAGUGUGUGAGUACCCUGGAUACGUGAGCUGUCGCUCGAUUCUUUCUUUAAAUUACCAUCUACGGACCGACUCCCGGUACUAGAGCAGCGGUUGGGAAUCCGAGUCGGUGGCGCCCACAACUUUUUUUGUAUCACUUUUAGGAUUUGGUUCCGGCCAACGUGGAACCCCACCCGUCUCCCUGAGCUAGAGCAAGGGUGCGCUGCCUAUACUUAUUUGAGUCGAGUUGACAGUGAGAGGAGGAAAUUGCAGGUAGGGUGGUAGCGCCAUAGGUGACUGCAUUCUUAUUUGGUUACUGUAUUCUGCUUCGGCUAUUUGCCAAGUUGGCGUUGCAGAUUUUGGCGCCCAACGUGGGGCUCGAUUUUACUUUUUUGGGUGCAUGAUUCCGCUUGUGCUUGAAUUUGUCUUUGUAGAUUAAUUGUGUGGUUCCUUUUGUUAAAUUUUCUUCUGGGGAUAGUUACUGCUAUAUUCUAUAGGGAUAAUGGCUAAGUUAUUGUUGGGUAUUAAUCAUCUGAAAAAGGAUGAACUUCAGUAUGAAUUGAGAGUUAGGGGUGUGAGUGAGACGGAGAUGACUGUAGAUGAAAUGCGUAGUAGUCUGAGGUCCCUAUUUAAGUUGGAAGCUACCGAUCGUUCAUUAACAUACCCCGAGUAUGAUUUAGCAGCCGAGGGAGAGUUGAGUACUAUUAAGGACAAGUAUGAGGAAUUAGUUGGUCUAAUCGAGAACGUAGAGGAGGAGCGGCGAGCUAGUGUUUAUCGGAGGUGUACGUCACGAAUAUUACAUUUAAUUGGGCGGGUUAAUCGUAUUCCUAUGGGGGCUACUCAGAGCAAGGAGACUCUGCAAAGUCGCAGUAAGUGGUUAGGGAAGGUGUCAGCAUUGCUCAGUAGGGUGGAAGGUGGGAAGCAACCUGUGAAAGCGAGUACUCCGAAUUUAAGUGUGAUUGCCAGGUCGAGUCAUCCGGUUGUACAGGAAGAUUUAUCUGAGGAGUCGGAUUCUUCGCCUGUAGAGAGUGGAGGGGCGACGGGAUUUAAAUUUCCCAGAACUUCGAAACCACAACCUGUAGAGAAAUGGGGGCUGAAAUUCUCAGGUGAUCCGAAGGGUACAUCAGUUAUGUCCUUCCUUGAGCGGGUCGAUGAGUUGCGGAAGGCGAGGCAUGUGUCUGAGAGAGAGUUGUUUGCAUCUGCGCUGGAUUUAUUCGAGGGUAAAGCGUUACUAUGGUAUCGAUCAGUGGUCACUAGGUGUGCAAGUUGGACCGAAUUGUCUGAAUUGCUUCGGAAGCAUUUCCUACCACCUGAUUACAGGCCGCGGUUAUUUCAGGAGAUUUUAGCACGGGUUCAGGGACCGAGUGAGCCUUUCAUUGAAUAUUUUUCUUGCAUGACCACCUUGUUUUCUCGCUAUGGGGACAUACCGCUUGAUAUACAAUUAGAUAUUCUUGUACGCAAUUUGGCACCUUUUUAUACCAUGCAGCUACCAACCGUUAAAUCCUUGAGAGAACUGGAGGAGGAGUGUUUGCAGCUGGAAACAAGGAAAUAUAGAGCGGAUCAUUACCAGGCACCCUCUCGGAAAAGUCACUUAGCUUCUGUUGAGCCUGAACUUUCUUGUGUGGUUACACCUGGUGUGUCUGAGGCUAGGGUGUCGAAUUCGAGGUCUGGGUCUAACACUGGUGACGUUAACUGCUGGAACUGCCUGAAGACUGGGCAUUUAGUUAGAUUUUGUGAUCGACCGCUUAGGAAGCACUGCUUUUCCUGUGGCCAACUUGAUGUUACAACUCGUGAGUGUCGUCGCUGCAACCCUAGGUCAAAAAACGAGUAAGAGAGAUGAUAGAUGUGGGCCCUAUGUCAUCUCGGAGAUUUCAGGAGGCCAAUAGGGUGAAAUGUUUGCUAGAUUUUGUAUUCUCGCAUGUGCAGGGUGAUGAGAGGCCUCAUAUUAGGGUCAAUAUUCUCGGAAAGGAAAUGCUAGGAUUACUUGAUUCAGGUGCCACUAGGAGCGUGAUCGGGGAGAGAGGUUGUAAAAUUUUAAGGAGUACAGGAUUGCCAUUAUUGAAGUCCGAAUUCUCAAAUAUUACUGUUGCAAAUGGCCAGGUAUGUGCGUGCGUGGGGAUUCUUCGAGUGCCAAUUAAAUUGAAGGAGACGGUUAAAGUAAUAGAUUUGUUAGUCGUGCCGACCCUGGGCCAACUUUUAAUACUGGGGGUGGAUUUCUGGACUCAGAUGGGCAUUGUGCCGAAUCUACGGGCGAAGGAAUGGAAAUUUGCGGCUGAGGGAGAGGUCGAGGUGAAUUCAUUAGAUCCCGUGAAUUCGAGACAAAACCUGAACCUGGACCAGGAACGCAGGCUGAGUGAGGCUAUUGAGUGUUAUUUUGGCCAUAUGCCCACGUCCUUUAGUUGCACCGAUUUGGUGGAACAUAAAAUUGAACUUCUCGAUAAUGUGGAACCAAUCAAACAGCGUUACUAUCCCGUUUCACCGGCACUAUUGA